CGGCGAACAAAGAGGCGGCAGACGCGAGCGGCCGAGCGGAGCCGAGCGGAUCCGAGCUGGGCCGAUCCGGGCCGAUCCGGGCCGGGCCGGACCCAGGAACGCGCGGACUAUGAGGGUGGCCAGGCCGGGGUCAGCGGGUCCCUGAACUCCGCGCCCUAGGCCAGCGAAGGAGCCCACUCAGCGGCCGCGCAGCGGGAGGCGGCCGGGGCCCGCCAUGGCCGGGGUCAACUAUGCGGCUCCCUGGUGGGUGAGCCUCCUGCACCGGCUGCCACACUUCGACCUGCAGUGGGAGACCACCAGCAGCCAGUUCCGGCCCGAGGACACCGACUACCAGCAGGCGCUGCUGCUGCUGGGGGCCACUGCCCUGGCCUGCCUAGCCCUGGACCUCCUCUUCCUGCUCUUCUACUCCUUCUGGCUGUGCUGCCGGAGGCGCAAGAGCGAGGAGCACCUGGAUGCAGACUGCUGCUGCACUGCCUGGUGCGUCAUCAUCGCCACGCUAGUGUGCAGCGCUGGCAUCGCUGUGGGCUUCUAUGGCAACGGGGAGACCAGUGAUGGCGUCCAUCGAGCCACCUACUCGCUGCGUCACGCCAACCGCACGGUGGCUGGCGUCCAGGACCGCGUGUGGGACACUGCAGCAGCACUGAACCGCACAGCGGAGCCCAGCAUACAGAGCCUAGAGCGGCAGUUGGCAGGGCGACCAGAGCCCCUGCGGGCCGUGCAGCGGCUGCAGGGCCUACUGGAGACACUCUUGGGCUACGCAGCUGCCAUACCUUUUUGGAGAAACCCUGCAGUGUCGCUGGAGGUGCUGGCGGAGCAGGUGGACCACUAUGACUGGUACAGGUGGCUGGGCUACUUGGGCCUGCUGCUGCUCGACGUCAUCAUCUGCCUCCUGGUGCUAGUUGGCCUCAUCCGCAGCUCCAAGGGCAUCCUGGUUGGGGUCUGCCUGCUGGGUGUCCUGGCUCUGGUCAUCAGCUGGGGCUCACUAGGCUUGGAGCUGGCUGUGUCUGUGGGCUCCAGCGACUUCUGUGUGGACCCCAACACUUAUGUGACCAAGAUGGUGGAAGAGCAUUCAGUGCUCAGUGGGGAAAUCCUGCAGUACUACCUGGCCUGUUCACCUCGAGCUGCCAACCCCUUCCAGCAGAAGCUGUCGGGCAGCCACAAAGCACUGGUGGAGAUGCAGGACAUUGUGUCUGAGCUCCUGAGGAGCGUCUCCCAGGAACAUCCAGCCACCAAGGACCCCCUGCUCCGUGUCCAGGAGGUACUGAAUGGCACAGAGGUGAACCUGCAGCACCUCACCGCCUUGGUGGACUGCCGCAGCCUGCAUCUGGUGAGACGCUGCUGCCUGGGGCAGAGGCAUUGCAGCGGGGGUAAGGGGCAGGGAGCAGCCAUUCAGGAGGACAGACAGUGGGUCCUCUGCCCAGCCUCAUGUGGGGGUGGUCCAGGCCUCUGCUGCUGGGUUGAGGGCCUCACACUGCCUGUCCCCACCUCUCCUAUCUCUGGGUCUUGCCAUCUUAUCCCCACCCAACCUCAGGACUACGUGCAGGCGCUGACAGGCUUCUGCUACGACGGCGUUGAGGGCCUCAUCUACCUGGCCCUCUUCUCCUUUGUCACUGCCCUCAUGUUCAGCUCCAUCGUCUGCAGUGUUCCACACACCUGGCAGCAGAAGAGAGGACCUGAUGAGGAUGGGGAGGAGGAGGCUGCUCCAGGGCCAAGGCAGGCCCAUGACAGCCUAUACCGUGUCCAUAUGCCCAGCCUAUAUAGCUGCGGCAGUAGCUAUGGCAGCGAGACCAGCAUCCCAGCUGCGGCCCACACCGUCAGCAACGCCCCGGUUACUGAGUACAUGAGCCAGAACGCCAAUUUCCAGAAUCCCCGCUGUGAAAACACCCCACUCAUUGGGCGUGAGUCCCCGCCACCCUCAUACACCUCCAGCAUGAGAGCCAAAUACCUCGCCACGAGCCAGCCUCGCCCUGACUCCAGCGGCAGCGGCCACUAGACCGUGCUCCGGGCAGCCACUUGCCCCAUGUGCCAAUCGCCCCCUCCCUGUGCCAGCACUGCUGCUUCCAUGCAGGGCCAUCCCUGGACCUCCACAUGCCACGCCAGGCCCACCUCGGACAGAUGCAUCUGCAGGCUGCUUGUCUCCUCCUUUCCCCCCUCUGCAGGGGUACAGUUGAGAAGCUGGGGCUCUGGGCCUGUACCCCCAACUUGAGUCACGCACGUGAAUGCUGCUGCCAACACCCUUGCCCUGCACAGCCAUCCUUUGCCCCUGGAUUCACCAAGCCCACUCUGGGCAGGUGCCUGUGCUGUGAUGUGUGAUGCCCCCUCUGCAGAUGCACCGCUCUUACGUCCCAUCUCUGCCCUCACCCUGGGCUAUGCUGUCCUUGCUGGGCCCUUUUCUCCCACAGCUCUUGACACCACGUGCCCUGGUGUUUCUGUGGACCCCUUCUUAGUUCACAGGAAUGGCAGGAGUCCCCUAUGCUGGGCGUCCACUGGCCGCUGGGAGACAGGGCAUGCACCACCUGCUCAUCCCCAUACCAUAGACCUUCUCUCAGCACCCCAACACCCAUUUCUCUGCAGUGUCUGUGCCACCCUCCUUGCCUGUGUGGCCCAGCUGACCACAGCUCACCUCUCCUGCCAGUUGCUGGAAGCCUCACAGGGCUCUCUGCCUCCUGCCCAUCUCUCUCCUUCAGCACCUGCUCAAUGGAGGCACCAGCCCUCCACGGACAGCAGGGGCCAUUUGUGGCCCAGGCUACCCUCCCGCCUCCCAGUGCUGGCCUCCUUCUUGGUGCCAAACCCCCCUUUCCCAACUCCAAAGACUGGGCAGCUUUAUCUGGUUCCUUUUUGCACUAACCACAUUUGUCAUCUCUAGGGCAGGCCAGGCUAUGGGCCAAGGGGACCACCGGCCCCCUUCCCUCCCUUGGUUCUGUUUCCAUCCAUGCCAGGUGCAGAGUUCCUAGAGCCUGGCCUCAGGGGUUAGGCCCAAGCUAGCUGUGAAUGUGCCCUUAGCCCCUGCCACCUUCCUGGGACUAACCACUAACCUCACUCCCAGCUCCAUGGACACCCCUAGCUGAGAGCCAGCAAGUUGACCCCAAGUCCAGGCUAGAACCAAGGCCGAGGACAGCUGGCUGGGAGCUGGGGCUGGAGUAGCUGUUUCUUCGAUGGGUGCUGCUGGGAUGGGGCCCUAGUCCAACAGGUGGCCCAAAGGGCCUAGCGAUCCCUCCCUAAGCAGCUGCUGUACCGGGAGGACUGUGUACUUGGAGAUAUCCCAAGGGCUGUGGACUGAGGUCACUGUGGCCUCAAUCUCCCUCCCUGUGAAGUGGGAACAAGGCUUCCCUAAGGUGCUUUUGGCUUUAGUGUAUGAUGUUUGCUUACUGCCAUGGAGGGUAGAACCACCCCAUAAUUCAGGAUAGGGAAGUUCUGCCUCUUCCAGCCCCAGCCGGGCCCAGCCAGCCAGUGAGGCUCAAUGCAUGUACAAAGGCCAGGGGCAGCCAAAGGGCCACUGGAUAGCCACAUGCAGGAGUCCAGGCCCGGGCCCCACAGGGGAAGGUGGGCAGGCAGCCCCAGCAGUUUACAGACACAUGGUUCUUCCUUUCCAAGCAGCAGGGCAGCUCCCUGUACCAGAAAUGUCCUCAUCCCUUCCCUGGGCCAGUCCUGCCCUUCCUCCAUGACCCCCUUUCAUUGUGCUGGUGUCUGGGACCAAAAGGGAGAAUGGGGACAGGGUGGGGAGAGGAGUCAGUCCUGGGCAUCUGAGGCCCACUGGGCAUGACCAAACCUCAAUGAAGGGGACUCUGCUCCAGGCUCUGCCUGGCUGUCAUUCUGAGCCCAUGGGGCCACAGCCCACUGCUCAGCCUUUCCUCUGGGCUCAACCAUGCCAUGGGAAUGGGUGGCUGUGGGUCGUGAGGGAGGCCCUGGCAUCCCCACCUGGGUGCCUGCCAUGCGCCUUGUGACUACUCAGAAGCACAAAUGCUGCCCUGGGCGGCGAGGCUGCCCACAAGGUGAAUGUAAAUAGCAUGAGAGGUGGGCACUGCCCGGAUGUGGCUGUGAACCCCUGUGCUGUCUUGGGACUCUUGACUGUCAUGUGCGUGCGUGCGUGCGUGCCCCGUCUGUGAUUUUACUCACCGAGGUUGAAGACAGGAAAAGGGAAAAUCAAAAGGGGUUCAAACCCCACCUCAGUAGUGGAGGGGAGUGGUUCCUGCCAAUGGUUUUAUUUUGUUGUUAGUACCAUGUCCCCCCUAAAUGCCCUAUCCCUGUGAUCUCUCAACACCCACUGGGGGCAUCAGGCCAGGGCCAGCUGCCCAUGGCCAGCAUCCAUGCUCACCCUACACCAGUGGGCCUCAUGUCCAUAUACUCUGCAAUGUGGAGUAGGGCUCUGAGGGUGCCCACUCUCCUGCCCUGGCAGGUCUGGGUGGGGGGGACAUGCCCACCACCCUCUCCCUGCUGCACCCCCCUCCCCAUCUCACUAUGCAAUCCUAGUUCCAGGCAUCACCCUCCUGCCCACAGACCAGCUCACCCAGCCCCAAGGGGUGUUCACUUGGCUGCUGGGACAGGCAGGGAAUGGGGCCUUCUGUGGGGAUCUUUUGGUUUAGCUGGCUGUGAUGGUUGUAUGCAGCACUACUUCCUAUUUGUUACAUAUAUAUAUAUAUAUCUUGUUAAAGUUCCCACCGCCCCCAUUCCUCCUCCCCAACCUGACAUCUGACCUCCCCCCACCCAGCGGACUUGAAUUGGAGCAGACAACUGAGGCCUGAACCAUUUUUGCAUUUUCCCCUCCAGCCUCUGUAGGUCCAUGGCUGUACGUACUGUCGCUGUGUUUUUGUUUUUUAGAACUGGGUUUGGGGGUUGAUUUUUAUUUCUUUGGGGGCUUUUUCUUGGCAAAUACUAAAAAUCUCGUCAAUGUAAUUUCUGUGGUUUCUAUUCAGCUUGGGUUUCAUGUUUUAAAAUAAACAAAUUUUAAAAA